GGCUACUGUGACUUUAACGGGGUGUUGGUUGGCUGAGAGGUAACAGAAAGGUUUAAUUCCGUCGCUACAACACAUCGUGUGUAUCUCGGAGCAUCCUCUUCGCCUUUCUCUCCAGUGUUGUCCUCUCUGUCUCUUCAACACAUUUUCCGUGAAGCUGUGCGUGGCAGCAGCAACACCCCACACCCGGAGCGAUGGGAGGUACUGCCGCCGUUACCAUCAUUUCCCCGUCGUGCGCUUCAGCCUCAAUUAUUUCCCAUUAAAGCAUCUUGUUGUGCUUAUUUCGCUAUGUUUUCUCUCGUGACAGAGGCCGAGACGCGUCAAAAAUUACUGCGCAAUGUGAAGAAAGAGGUGCGUUGUGUUUUUUUUCCCAUCUUUCUUGCUCAUGAGUGUUUACAUCUACCGUGUCUGUGGGUAUAGACAGUGUAUGUAUGAGCGUGUUUGUGUGGACGUGGUUUCUCCGGUUUGAGCCACACGACAACAGGCCUGUUUGUAUCACGAAGUUGAGCAUAUUUUACAGAAUUGGAGCAUAUGCAAUAACAUCAGCUGUGGAAAUGUAGCCUGGAGGCUGCUGCUGUUUUUCAUGCUGUUGUUACACUGGCGUAAUAUGAUGAUGAUGACGAUGGUAGUGAUGAUGAGGAUGAUGGUGACGAUGGUGAUACAGAUGAUUGUGGUGAUGGUGAUGGUUUUACACUGGAGGGAAAAAUACAAAUGUAAGAAACCAGGUUGCUUUCAUCUCUUGGAGUUGUUCUUUCUACAUGAUUUAAUCUCGUCUUGUAAGAAAUCUACACUAUAUUACCAUCCUGAACUUAAAGCUGUGACCUUGGCAUCUGUUUCUGUGUGUGCAAAUAAUCUAAUGAAUGCACAAAAGUACAAGCAAAUCUAGAUGACUGGAUCGUGAGCCAUUUUGGUUGUAAUCAGAGUAAAAAUCUAACCAAGCCUUACACCACAGACCCCUCCAAACUGCUCAGUGACUCCCCCCAGGGAGAGAGGAGACUGGAUGUUUUAUUCAUUGCAAAGAAAGCCGGGUACUUCCAGGCUUAAAGCAUCGUGAUCCCCCUCACCUGUGACUCAUUGCCUCACAAACGUCCAUGACUGUGUUGCCAAAUCCUGCAGCAAGGAGGGGCUUAGAUGUGAUUUAUAGAUUUAUAAGAAAGCAAAAUGGAUUUUAAGCAAUUUGCAUUUUCAGCCUGGGUUGACAUGGACAUUUGUCAAUCACUAAAAUAGACUUUUUGUUCACUAUACAGAGGAGACAAGUCAUUUUGUGUUCAGCAUCUCAUCUGCAAAUGAAAGACUGGGUGUUUACUUAUAGUAAAAGGCUCCAAUGAAUCCUGAAAAGGGCAAAAGACUUUCAUCCCAGUGUGACAAAACCAAUACAAUUCAUUAAUCUCUCAUUCAGUAGACACACAGGAACACACCAGAAUAAAUUCAGUUAAUUUUAACGUUUUUCAACCAACAGAAUAAUUUGUAGAGCAUGAAAUUUUCCAAAAUGUUUAGAUUUGUUGUUGCAUUUACUGAAGAAACAAAAACUUAGCAUCAAGAAGUUCUUUUCUCUGUAAAAUAUCAGGGUAUAAAAUAGAUUUGUUGUAGAGAAUAACAACAAAAAUCUAGUGUUAUGAACAUGGUUUAGAUUUAUACAUUAAAGGCUCCUGAAGUCUCAUAUAUCUUGUGCACAUAAUGGGCCUUAAAGUUUGAUUUACCAAGCAGUGAAAGUUAGGAUAGUUUGACUGCGGCUCUUAUUUUUAAAAAUCUGUUCAUUCCACUUUGGUGAAGUUAAGUAUUUUGAGAAGAAAUAAAUCAUUAUAUCCACGUGUGAUACAACAUGCCUCAUAGUUUUGAAAUUUCUUGAAGAGAAAAGGUGUCAAGAACCAAAUUCCUCAUCGAAAAAAAGUAAAAAGUAUAAGAAAAAGUUGAAAGGAACCUUGAAGUUUCUGCAUUCAUCUAUUCAUGCCCAAGUUGAAAUUAUUAAAUUCAAAAAUAAUUGAUCUAAAAUCCCCCUGUGUUUGAUUUUGCUAUCGCUGUGUAUGUUUUAUGGUGAUGCAGUGCUCUUUUGCAGGUUAGCACUGUCAUCUGUCAAUGUAACCCUGAAUUUUCAUCUCUCGUGGUUAGGAUCAUGUCACUGCGCCAUAUGGGUUUCAUCUUGUCUCACUGUGUACCUUUUGUCUCUCAGGUGAAACAAAUUAUGGAGGAGGCUGUAACGAGGAAAUUUGUGCAUGCAGACAGCAGCCACAUCAUAUCGUUCUGCGGUAAAUGUUUUUGUUUUGUUUUGUUAUUUAUGUUAUUGUAUUGUGAACCCCUUCUGAUUCUGAUUCUGAUUCUGACCUUAGAAAAAAAAGGGUCAUUUUGCCUAAAGUGCUGGAAACAUAAUGUUGGAACAAAUUAGUCACAGGGCUGACCACAUCAACAUUAACAUAUACUGCACAGGCUUAUAGUUGACAUCGGUUUGUGUAAAGCUGACACCUCCUACGAGUUCACCCUCUCAGAGCAAAAUGAUCCUCCACAGUAUGUUCAAGCUAUGUCACUCCGAAUGAUUAUUUUCAUAAAGCGAUUACUCAUAUCUAUUUAUAUGAAAACAAGGUGCUUGGAUGUAUCUGCAUUAAAGUAGACUACCACCCUUCAAAGGUGUUGAUGCUAACCCAGGGUGAGGAUUGUGUGAUUCACUUCCCUCAUAUCCUAGCAACGGAUCGACAGUGUUCAGUAGAUUGGAGUCUAUUUUCUACUUAAGCCACCUGCGUUUCAGGUCACCUGUUAGAGCUCUUCAGGCUGUAUGUUUCCACGGCAGGCAAAUUAUUUAAUGCAAUAUGACAUGAGUUAACCUGGACUGAAUAAAAUGACGUAGUGUGUUUGUGUGUGUAGCUGUAGUGGAGGCCUGCAUGCUUCAUGGGCUGAAGCGCCGUAUCGCAGGCUUGCUGUGCAGUAACAAGGUCGCAGCGCUUUUUAUGAAGGCGGCAAAAAGCUUUUCGCCUGCUGAGGAGCUGUGCCACAAGGUCCAGGAGCUUGAGCAGCUUAUUGAAAACAGGUGAGAUGUUGACUGUUCCCUGUGGGAGGACAGUAACAGAAAGUCAUUAUAUGCACUCUUUCAUUUCAGGUGCUAUAGAGUUUAAAGAUGCCUGGUUAUGUGUCCCAUAUGUCUGUUUUGUUCAAACAGCAUUCACAGACUGUCUUUCUUUUUGUUUUUAGCAAGCAGAACAAUUCUUCAGUGAGUAAUGAUCGGAGUCGGCAGUCUAGUCGUCAGCUGGCCAACCUGCCUCCCCAGGCACUCAAACAUCUGUGGAUCCGUACAGCUCUGAUGGAGAAGCUCUUGGAUAAGAUCGUAUUGUACUUGGUGGAAAACAGCAGGUAUGAUAGAUAUGCAUAUAAGCUCCAGUGUAGAAUAACAACUCCUAUUUGUAUUUAAUGCAGUUGUUUUGAUAGAAAGGGGCAGUGUGUAAUUUUUAAAGGCAUUUAGCAGAAUAAACAACUGAGUAGAAAUGGAAUAAAGUUUGUAAGUAUAUUUUAAAUGAUUUUAAAUCACCUAAAUUCAAAACCACCAUCUUGCAUCACCACAUUUCUACAAUAACACAGAGGAAGAAGAAAGUGGUUGUGUGCAAAAGAUUUCCCCUUGAUAGAUGUUUUUGAUCAUUAAACUUGGCAAAUGGAGGAUCAUACUUUUAAUGCGCCAUAGGAGUGGAUUGUCUUCUAAGGUCAAAGUCUCUACUGGUGGGAGGGGUGAGCAAGGGAGCAUUUCAGUCCGGUAUCUGACUGCUAGAUAACACACUAAAUAUUCCCAUUUCAACACAUUGUGCACACUGUACAUUAAGUAAAGAACAGUUUCCUUUUUUAGGUGUCACAACAUUCAGUCAAAAUGAUCUAUUACAGCAUACAAAAGUAAUCGUUUGAAACAUCAUAAAUGUCACUUUCUUCAGUGCCUUCUAUGAGAAAGAAGCCAUGCUGAUGGAUCCUGUGGAUGGGCCGAUUCUUGCAUCUCUGUUAGGUAAUAGAAAAAACUGUGAAACCCUUCAAACUGGUUUUUGAAGACUAGAAGGUUCAGGAAUUGCUUAAAAGAUUAACCCUGUCAUUACAGUUGGUCCUUGUGCUUUGGAGUACACUAAAGUUAAGACUGCAGACCAUUUCUGGACCGAUCCAUCUGCUGAUGAGCUUGUACAGCGACAUCGCAUCCACAGUGGGCACUGUCGGCAGGAUUCACCCUCCAGACGGCCUGCACUAGUGAGACUUUUUUAAUGAAAUAUCGAGAAAAAGUUUGCUGUAUAUAAGAUCAAAAGUCAAAUCCUGUUGAUGUAUAUUUAAUCUGUAUUUCAGAUCCAGAAAAGACAGUCAAGUGGCAGCAUGGAUGAUCGCCCUCUCAUGUGGGUGAGGGAUUAUGUUGAAUCCCUCCACCAAAACUCCAGAGCCACACUCCUGUUUGGAAAAAACAACGUCCUGGUGCAGCCGGUAUGUGUUCUUCUUUUCUAGUGUAUCAUAAAAGAUAAAUGCAGUCAUAUUGCUAGUUUGAGAGGUUGAGUAUAUAUCUUUGCCUGCUUUCUUUUUUAUUAGCUAAGUGCAUCUUUUAAUCAGUUGAAGUGAACGUACUGCAAUCAGAAAUGUUUGAUUAGGAAGCUCUUACCUGUGUGUGCAGAGAGAUGACAUGGAGGCCAUUCCAGGCUACCUCUCUCUACAUCAGACCGCAGACCUCAUGACACUGAAGUGGACACCUAAUCAGCUGAUGAACGGCAACAUGGGGGAGCUGGAUUCUGAGAAAAGGUUGGUACACAAUGUAAUAUAGUAUGAAUGAAUACAUGUUCCUGCAGCCAUGGCUCAUUGCUAAAAUACUUGAUCUCUCUUUCAGUGUGUAUUGGGAUUAUGCCAUGACAAUUCGUUUGGAGGAGAUUGUGUAUCUCCACUGUCAUCAGCAAGGUACAGUGAUCCUCUCAGAAGUGUCUGCAGGAGUUAUUAUCCGCUAAAAUUGCAUCAUCAUGAUUAAGUACAGACAUGUUUGUAGAGACUAGAUACAACCAAGUAAUUAAUUUUUAUUAUUUUAAGAGAUAUUAUCACUUACUUCAGGGGUGUCAAACUCAAAUACACAGUGGGCCAAAGUUUAAAACUUGAACAAACAUUGAACAAAUGAACCUUUUAAUGAAGUUUUGCUUUAAAAUGAAUAUUGAACAAGCAAUGCUUAACUUAGUGCAAACAUGCAAAAUGCAAUUUCAAAUUAAAAAAACACAUCAAUGGCAUUCAUUUAUUAAAUAACAUUCAAAUAAAAAUUCUAUGCCUCUUUUCUAUUUGCAGCCUUCCGAUUUGAAUAUCAAAACAAACUUUUUCCACAGGCUAAUAAAUUUAAAGAUAAAAUAACAAUAAUAAAUGAAUCAAUCAUUCAAGCCCAUGCCUUGGAGUAGCAAGAAAAAAUGCAUCAAGAAAACGUUAAUUAUUGCUCAGUUUGCUACACACUGAUCUAAUCUGAUUUUCCCAAGCCAGAUACCUGGCAUCUCUUCUUGGAUGCUAGUUCAUCAAUAUCUGGGCUCAGGCUCUGAGCGAAGGAAAUCCUCAGUAUCAAGCAAAGGUUUGGUGAUAGUUGUAGUUUGAGGUUUGAGGUUGCUAUGACUACUGUCCUAGAGGAGAGGGCUGUCCUGUUUGACGCGCCAAAACAACAGCAGAGCAUUAUGGGAUCUGUAGUAUUAGUGAAUGCGCUGUAUAAUACCGUAGUGAUUUAGUAUUACCUUGUGGGCCAAAUAUAAUUACACUGCGGGCCAGAGUUUGACACCCAUGACUUACUUACUUACUACUUCACAGUUAGCACAUUAACGGACCUUGUUGUCAACACACAACUACAGUAGAAGCUCCCACAAUGAGUAAAAACCAUAAUUAUUAUAUAACAAGAAAUGACAUGAAUAAGAGGAAUGAGGAAGUAUCCAGUGAGAUAGAUACAUGACUAGGUGUUCAACUCUUACAGUCUGUCACUCGGUUGAGGGUUAAGUGUGGGCUCCUCAUCAGGUCUUUCAGUUCAAAUAGGUCCAGGGCCCUCUUUGCAGAGUUUGUGCCCUCUCUUUUUCAAUAUCAUUUAGAAAGGACUCCCGUAUUUUAUUGUAAUUUAUUUAAUUGAAGGUCAUGGCCCUGGAGGGACUAGUACUGCAAUACCUUGUAACCAUAAUGAGAGCUGCAGAGGCUUGUCAGAAAUGCAUGGGAAUAAAAGGUUUUCUGUAGUACAAAACUAGUACAGCAAGUAGUUUCAACACAUGGGGUUUCAGGUUUAGAGCAGAAUGUAAACCAACAAUUAAACAGGUUCAAGACCGAAGUUUUUGAUACAUAUGAUUAGUAUGUGUCCUACCCCUUGGGGAUGGAGUUGAAACACUCCUGUUCUGUUUUAAAAGGUCAGCGUUAGUGAGAGGAGUAAUUUGUUGGCCUCUAAACAUUCGAUUAAAAAAGAAAAUAGCAAGAAAAAUGUGGGGUUAUAUUUAAAAGAAACUUAUUGUGAUCAUCUCUCCAGUGAACAGCGGUGGUACCGUAGUUUUAGUGAGCCAGGAUGGGAUCCAGAGACCCCCUUUACAUUUCCCUAAAGGAGGCCACCUCCUGCAGUUCCUCACCUGCCUGGAGACUGGCCUACUGCCUCAUGGACAGCUGGACCCUCCACUGUGGAAUCAGAGAGGAAAGGUCAGCAUGAAACAAGGAUGAUUAUUAUUAUUAUUUUAUUCCUAUCAUGUCAAACAAUAAAAGAAAUAAAACAUGUUGUAACACCACUUCACUGUGUGAGCAAAGAUGAGUGAAUUCCCUUUCUGUUCACAGGGAAAGGUUUUCCCCAAGCUGCGAAAAAGGAGUCCACACGGCUCCUGUGAUUCUGUCUCAGAUAAGGAGGACGAUGAAGCGACUGAUUAUGUGUUUCGGAUCCUCUUUCCUGGCAAUCAGAUGGAGCUCAGUAAGUGUCUUCAAUCCUGCUAUAAUGCCUCCCUGAGUUAACCUAAUAAAACAUCAUUAGAGAUUACAUCUAUGAUUGUGCCUUUCUAUUGAUACUGAUUUACAGUUUCAGCUUAGAUCAAUCUUUCAUGAGCAUGUUAUUAUUCUACAUCCUACUAAUUGAUUUCCCCUUUAUGUCAAACUGAUCCUCCUGUUUGUAGCCUUGAUAGUGCCUCAGUGUCUUUUUUUAGAAGUGGACAACCAGCAGUCAGAUAGUUUAUUUCUUAUAGUUUUAUUAAAUUAUUGAUAGGAGUAAUUAUUCUGCAUAGUAGCUCUGGAGCUGAUGGAUCAGGGUGUGAACAUGUGGCAGCCUACGCCCAGGAAGUCCUCAUGCUCCUCCUGCUCUCAGAAUGGUUCCUCUGACGGCUCUUUACCCAACGGCUGUAACCAGGAAAGGUGAGAAUUUCUGAGGAACAUGCUCGAAUAUAAAUGUAGAUGUAUCCAAGUAAAUGAAUUUGACAUUUCCUUCUCCUCCAGGGCUCCCUUAAAGCUUCUCUGCGACACGAUGAAGUACCAGAUUAUCUCCCGUGCUUUUUAUGGAUGUGAGUACAAAGAAUUUGAACUAACUCUGAAAAUGUUUCUAGAUAUCUUCUUGGUGGAUAUCUAAGCGUUUGUCUGUGUCUUUUAGGGCUAGCAUACUGCCGUCAUCUGUCCACAGUUCGUACCCACCUGUCUGCGCUUGUUAACACCACUAUUGUUGACCCUGACGUACCCUGCAUUGCCCGGAGCGGCCUCUCUGUGGAGGUCUGGUCCAGAUUCCUCAAAGACAGCUCUGUAAGAUCAACGCCAAGCCAUAACAUGAUUUCUCAUUACUGUGUUGAAUCGUUCUGUAAGUAUUAUGUGAUUGAAAUAACUUGACUUGCUCUUGUUCAGGCCUAUGAGGAGAAAGAGAUCUACAGACUUGUGUAUUUUGGUGGUGUGGCUCCUACACUACGCAAAGAGGUCUGGCCCUUCCUGUUGGGACACUACCAGUUCACCAUGACCGAGAAAUCUAGACUGGAGGUAUUUCUUAUGUCCCGUGUUACUGUAUGAUUUUAAGAUGGUAUGGGAUGCAUGUACAUGAUUUGGUCUUAUGUUCCAGAUCAAUGAGCGGAUACGAACCAUGUACGAGCAGACGAUGAAGGAGUGGCAGGGCUGCGAGGCCAUCGUGCGUCAGCGGGAGAGAGAGAAACACGCUGAGGCUCUCGCCAGAUGUUCGUCUGGAGCCAGCGUGGAGAGGGGACCUGUGCAGCGGGACUCCACCAUCAGCACAGAUGCAAGUUUGUUUUCUCUUAAGCAUGAAAUAUGCUGUAUUAUAUAACCUUUAUUACAGCAAAGACUAUAUGAAGAGAAGCAGUUUGUUAUUUGAGGUUGAAUCUGUUAAGUGAACUAGUUGACACUUCUGCUUUGUUUCUUGAUGGUUUUCUUCUCUGCAGUCGUCUUUAAGCAGCAGUUCAGACCCACAGAAUGCUAACUCACAGAGUGAAUCCAGCAGCAGCGCACAGGUAGGCGACUAUGCCAGUUUAUUUCUCUUGUUAAAGUACAAUUUCUGCAGGUAUUUCCUCAUGAGAAAAACUACUUUGGGGUCAAUAAAAUUCUUAUUUUUCUUAAUUAUAUUCAGUGACAUGAAAGCUACUUAAACAUUGAACCAUAGUUGAUAAACCCUUUGAUGAAGAAGAAGUUACAAGAUCAUGAUUUGUUCACAUCUGCAACUGCAAGACUUGUGUGCACAAGGAAAAUCUGAUCCAAUCCAUAUUUAUUCAAAAAGCACAUCUAACAACAACAAAAUAUGAGUUUCAAACUUGUGUCUUGAGACAAGAAGCAAAAUGCACUGAUAAAAUAUGUUUCUGAUAAGAUAUGUGUCUGACAAUUGGGCAGAAACCAACCAAAGUCACAAAUUCUCAGAUAAAAACAUUUUCAAACUAAAGUCUGUGAUGUUUCACUGAGUUGUCGAGAUAUUUCUCUGGAGGAGUAAAAUUUUUUUCCUCCAGAUGGUGCUACAUGAGGAGUGAAAGGAUAAUCAGUCAUAGGGUGUCAUCCUCCGAAUGAUAUAAGUUUAUGUCUGUGAAUCCUUCUGAUUUUUGAGAUGUUUCCACCUGAGCAAUGGACCAGCAAGAAUUUUAAAGUAUUAAACAACAAGAGACAAGGCUACCUGUUGAAACCAUCAACUUUUUUGACAUUCAACAGUUUUAGGAAUUGGUUCAAAAUGUAUUGAGGGUUAGCCACAUUUUUUUCCUACCAGGUCUUUGGAUCAGUUGAGGCGGUAGAUCAGAUUGAGACUGAACCCAAGUCUGAGGAAGGAGAAGCUCAGCACAGUAGUCCAGUAAAAGAAGCAACAAGUGGAACUGAUGAUGCCCCACAGCUUCCCUCCUUCAACCCGUCUUCUGCAGAUCUGACAGAUCAGCAUCCAGAUUCAGAAAACAAACCCAUUGAAACGGAUUCAGUUGCUGAUUCAGCGACCCUGCAGCCAGAGGGAGCGGCAGAAGGUCCAGUGGAGAAUACUGCAACAGCUUCAGAGCCAUCAGGAGAGGAUGUAAAGGAGCAGGUAGAAGAGAACAUGAAAAUGGAGACAGUCUCAGAAAGCGACAGGGUUAAGGACUCACAAGUGGCGUCUGGAUCCAAGGAAGAACCUGAAUCAGAAGAAAGAGAUACAACAGAUGAAAUAAAAGAACAGCCAGAAGAUUCAAAAGCAGUGAAUGUGAAUUUGAGAUGUGCACCAGAGACUACAAAUGUCUUAAAGCUAGAAACAGAGAUUCAUAAUGAGUAUUUCCAAGCACCUCCACUUGGCCAGACCUUGACUUUACAAGCACAAAAGAGAAAAGAUGAGAACGCAGAGACAUUAAAUCUGACUACAGCAGAAAAAAAUACACAUCCAGAUACAACAGAGGCAGAAAUUCUUGAAACGACUUGUGAAAAAUCCCAAAUCUUCAACCUAGAGUCUGAGAGAAAGGGUGCUGAGGCAUUAGUGUGUGAAGUGUUCGAACCCAAAAAAGCGGCAGAAAUUCCUUUUGAGAAACCUGGUUCAAACUCACCCGUCAGACAAGUGCUAAACGCUCUUCAAUCAGCGUCCCUUUCAUUAUCCCGGCAGUCUCCGGACACGGCAGACUCCGAUGACUCACCUUCUGCUUUGGAAAUGGAGGACAUUCCUGCAGGGAUAACAUGUGUGAACUCUGAGGACAUUAAACCCAGGCUUUUGGCGGGACUUGCUGCUCCCCCUGUCUCCCUGGCACAAAGGGAGAAAAUGGCAUCAGGAGAUUUCGUCCUGGAUCACCAACUGGACACUAGUCCUGAGGGCACUGACCUCGGUCUGUCUGAAGAGGAGCCAGAGAUGGAGAAUGUGCUCACUGAAGCUGAGUCUACAGAGGCAGGAGGAGACACCAAACAUGAUGAGUCGUCAGAGGAACAGACCUAUUCUGCAAGUAUUUCACUUGACACACAUUUAUAUCUUUUUUUUUUUUUUUUGCUGUAAAACUAAUUCUAGCUUAACUCACUUUUAUUUUUAUAGCAAGAAACACUGGACAUGUACCUGAUUAAUUUACACCGCAUUGACAAAGAUGUCAGACGCUGUGACAGAGCGUACUGGUACUUCACUCCCGAAAACCUGGAUAAGCUGCGAAACAUCAUGUGCAGGUAAAUUUAUCAACAUGCUUAUAUUGUUUAAAUCCAUCUAUUCACAGACUAUAAAACAAGUUGUUCAUUGCCACUUUGGCUUCUCUGAGGUGGAAGUGACCUUAUAUGGACAGGGGAGUAGACAUACUUGACCACACAUCUAUCCAGAUUUGUUGGUUGCAGCAGGAGCAACACGCCAAUUGCCAGACAGUCAACCCUAAAAGAAAUUCUGUUUUAUUGUCUUUUUAAUGUUUAAUCAGACCAUUGGGUAAAAAAUGAACAUCAAGCUUAAAGGGAUAUUCCGGUGUAAAAUUAAUUAAGGGUCAAACCCACAGUAACACCGAGUUAGACACCCCCUUGAGAGAUGAAUGUUGCCAACCGCUUGCUUCUCUAGUUAUACCAACUUUAGUAACGACCGCACGAUAGCAAUACACGGCAGUCUAUGGAACCACACAUGAUCAUAAAUAUUCUCCCUUGAGCUAUGUCACCUCGCUGUAGUCCGUAAUGUGCUGACCUGAGGUCUCACUACAAACAAGCGGCUGCCGGAAGAGAGUAGGUGAGUUGUGUUUAGUCUCUUUGCUAGAGAAAUUAGGCAAAGUUAAAAAGAUGUUUGGUGGCUAGUGCUGUGGCUAGGACCCUAUAUGUACUGUCGAUGAAGUUAGGUGCUGUUCUGAGAAUUAUUUGUGACUAUAGAGUGAUGUUUUGAUUGAGGUUUGUUUAUGGCUCCUCAGACCGCUGUGUAUUGCUAUUGUGCGGUCGUUACUAAAGUUGGUAUAACUAGAGAAGUGGUCUGCAACAUUCAUCUCUCAGGUGGGUGUCUAACUAGGUGUUACGGUGUGUUUGACCCUAAAUCAAUUUUACUCCGGAAUAUCCCUUUAACUGCUUGUUUAUUUUGAAGAUAUGGGGGGUGUCACUAGGACUUCUUCUAUGUGCUUUACACUCAAAAAUCAAGGCUGCCGCUCCUCUGUUAAGCACGUGAAAGAAUGCAGUUUUGAGGCACUUGAACACCAGCGUCCCCUCCCAGAUCUAAAAGGCUUUGUCAGCUCAUAAACAGUCAAUAUAAAUAAUACAGAAUAUCUGGUUGUCUCUGUAGCUAUGUGUGGCAGCAUCUGGACACAGGAUACGUCCAGGGCAUGUGUGAUAUCCUCGCUCCCUUGCUGGUUAUUCUGGACGAUGGUCAGUGAGACUGUAAAUGCAAACUAUUUCACCUUACAUGCAAAAAUGUUUAAAAAAAAAAUGAGUAGGGUUUGAACUGGAUAGUGUGUAUUUUCCAGAGGUCAUGGCUUUUAGCUGCUUCACUGAACUGAUGAAGAGGAUGAACCAGAACUUCCCUCAUGGAGGUGCCAUGGACUCUCACUUUGCAAAUAUGCGCUCUCUCAUACAGGUUUGUACAUAUAUUUGAGAGAAUGCUUUAACACACAUGCAAACUCUAAUAUAAUGAGAGUUUGUUAUUAUCUUAAUAGAUCCUCGACUCUGAGCUGUUUGAACUGAUGCAACAGAAUGGAGAUUACACCCACUUCUACUUCUGCUACCGCUGGUUUCUACUGGACUUCAAAAGAGGUGAUAGGGGCUCAGUCACUGUGAUAUUAGCUUGAAAUGAGAAAAUAGCAGGUAGCAAAACACUCCACUCAAUUUGAUCUCGUACUCAUGUGUGUGUGUUUUUCUCUUUUAUCUCAGAAAUGGUGUAUGAUGAUGUGUUCUCAGUCUGGGAAACAAUAUGGGCUGCCAAGUACACAUCUUCUGAACACUUUGUGCUCUUCAUUGCUCUGGCAUUGGUGGAGAUGUACAGAGACAUCAUCCUGGAAAACAACAUGGACUUCACGGACAUUAUUAAGUUCUUUAAUGGUAAGAUAAAAGAAUAGAUAUGUAUCUGCGAGAAUACAUCAAAGAAUAUAGCUAUACAGCUGCAAAUACAGAAAAACCUCAUUCGUACAUCUUAUAAUUUAUGAUUAAGACAAGCUACCUCAGAGUAUGGAACAAAAUUUCUAUGACAGUCUAUAAAAGUGACAGUUUUAUCGAAUCAGAAGGAAAGGACAAAGCAGCAAUUCUUCUUUUGUAAUCAUAUUUUUCUUGUCUCUCUCCUCAGAAAUGGCAGAGCGCCACAACGUCCCACAGGUGCUUCUGAAAGCUCGAGAGUUGGUUCUCAAAGUGCAGACGCUCAUAGAAAACAAGUGAUGACAAGGAUGCUGCUCUUCUGCUGCCACUGCCCUCACGUUUCUUUGCGCUAAUUCGUUCCAAGCUGCUGACACAUGCAUCCACUGUAAUGGUCAGAGAGGAAACAAAUUGAUGUUAAAGAAAUGCAGCGGUAAGUGGUGAGAAACAUGCUCUUUAAAGCUGCUCGUGUGUAACAACCUUUUCCAAUUGCCCCUGCCUGUAUGCAGGAGAUGCAACUAUUACCAGUGAUUUAUUUUGAGAGUGUUGUUGUUCACCCAGUGAAUGUACCCUUGUUGAAACUGCUUAAGGAUGUGGUUUUAUUUUGCCUUAAAUUUAGCUAUUUUUCAGGGAUAUGGCAACCAAAAUAUUCACUGUAUUGUUCAGUAUAACACGAGUUAAAUUUUGCUCAGUUUUACCCAUCGUACAUCUUGUGAAACACUUGAAUAUUUUUCAAUAUAAUUAUUUUUGCUGGAAUUGUAGCUACAUUGAUGAAACAUCUUGUGAUGCAAUUAAGUAUAUUUUCAGUAAUGAAAUUUGGCAUUGUUCAAUAACUUAGUCCUGCAAUUAUCAGAGAUGCAUUCAAGAUGUGACCCGGACCUGCUCAGUCAAAAGUAGCAUGUGUGGUUUGCUUCUUAAUAGCUAUUUCGAGGACGACUUCCUGGCUUUUUUGAGAUCUAGUAGUCCUCUCCUUGUGUUUGCUUCCCAUGUACACAAGCUUGCAGGAUAUCCAGACUUAUCCUGUGACCCCUGUGCACAACCUGUGUGAAUGACUGCACAUAAGUCGCAUAUGCAGUGUCACAUUUUCCUCUGAUACUCAUUCUGUGUGCUCCUUCGAAUUCUGAGCUCCACUAUGCAUUGUUUAAAGCGUGAUUUAACCUGCACAGUUCCAUCCCUCGACCCCCGCUCUGGCCUUUAUUUCUGUGCAGGCCGAUGCUUCUGUAAAUAGUUCAUCUCAACUUAAAGUGAUGACAGUAAAAGCAGCACACUCUGUGAGGUCAGUCACCAAGGUGGAUCAUGGUUGCCUUGUGAUGUUUUUUAGCUUUUUCUUUUGUGUGACUGUGUUUCUCUUCAUCAUUACCUCAAGAUCUGCAUGUUCACAUCUGUUUAAGAGAGCCUCUGUUUGCUUACCAUCCACACCUCUCUUUCUGUUUGAAGCAAUCAUCAACUUUUCAGUCUACUUAGUACUAGACUGUCAAGUUUAACAUUUUCCAUCAGGUGCUGUGGUAGCUUGUGAAUAAGCUUAGCCAUGCGAAUUCUUCAGUUUUAUGUUGAGUUUGGAGACCAAUUGAACUUUGUUCUUCUAAAAACAGACAUCUGAAAAAUGAUUUACUCAAAGAUGCAAUGCCGGGAGACUUUAUUUUGAUGUUUAAAACUGAAACUAUUUUGGUGUUAAAUGUCGAAUGUUAUACACAAAAGUCUGUGCAUCUGAUCUGUUUGAAUCAAAUAUCAGAUUCAUAUAAUGAUAAUAAAUAAUAAACUUUAUUUAUGAAGCACCUUUCAAAACCAGAGUUAAAAGGUGCUCUACAGGCAGUUAUUAAAAGACAUGUCCUAAACUCAGCAGAAAAACACAAAGUUAUCGUCUGGCUGUAGACCAGCAUUUCUAUCAUUAUGCAGACUCUCUGUAUCCAGAACACACCCAUGUUUGCUUUACUGUGGCUUUAAAUCCAGUGUUUUGAUAUCACCGCUGCUGUGUCUCCAUGUGAUCUUCAAAAUCACGCUUGAGUAUUGCUGUUUGUGUAUUACAGUGUUUGUUGUCAGAAGAUUUUUCUGUAAACAAUGUUUCAAAAAGAAAUGGACUUAUUGUAUAUCAAAGCUGGUAUUUAUUUAUUUAUUAAUUAUUAUUAAAUGCAAUACAAUGUCUGUAUAUGGGCUUGGUCUGAUUAUAAUGAACAAAGUUUAAAAGAUAUAUAUACAUGCUGUUGGAAAUUAAUAUAUUUUUUAUUUUUUUCUGUGUCUUCUCAAAAUGUCACCUGUCAAAAUUAAUUUAUUGCGUAUUAAAAAUAUUAUAUUUUGCA